UACAAAGGGCCCGCUCUUGCUCUCUCCACCAACAAGAAUAUGGAAAAGUUGUAUUCUGUGUUUCUUUGCGUCCUCUUGAUCUCACUCCUGUUCUUCCCAUUAACAUCUGCAGGAAGGGUACUACUUGAUAAACCUCAAAAGGCAGAUGAUGAGAGUGGAAAGCAUAGCAAUGGUGGGAACAAAAUUGGAGUAGAGGGCAGUCAUUCGAGCCCAGCGCACUCUGCCACAGGCUAUUCGUCUCCCUUCCACGCAACCCCCUCCAGUGCCAAUAAGCCUCUGACUGCUACGUCAGGUAUUCCGAAUAGAGUAGCAUGUGGUCAAGGUGACCCGAACAGUGUUUGUGGACAACAGUCUAGGCUCAAUCGUUCAUGCUCCCAAUUUAAACGAAUCUGCUAAGAAAGCUGAUUAAGUUGAAGCAAAGUGAACAAUCAAGGAAAAAGAAAAUAAUAAUGAAAGUUAUUGAUACUUACGGAUGUAACUUUGUUUACAAUGUGGAAGGCCUUACCAGAAACUGGUUUUGUGCCUCAUGGUGUAUGCAAUUUGUAUGUUGAAUUGACUUGCAGGACUGUUGUGCUUCAUUUUUUCUUCUCUCCUUGUUUGGACAAUUCUUGCUAUUUGCAUUGCCUCGCAUGGAGAUGAUAAUAGCACUAGUUGUAAUUUGGAUGAUCUACUUACUGUUGGAGGCUCCUCGGCCAUACCCACUUUUAGUACAUGUAGUUUUGGAUGGUUCUUAUUUUUA